UAUUCCAGAAGGAACGUCCUCAGCCCACUUCCCAACAUAUUGAUCAUAGCAUACUGACAGGCAAGGUUUCCCUUCGACUUGCUGGAACUGGAGAAGACUCGGGACCCCCUGGUGAUAUGGUUAGCAUCAACAAACAAGCCAAUCGACUGUGCAUCUGCGUUCCUGGCAGAUCUCAAGCAAUUCUUGUGCAAUUCGAGAAGACAAGAGACUUCAGUGUUACUGUUUGCCUGCUGCAGAAGGCCGGCUUCCAUGUCAGCGAUGCGUUACCGACGAUUCUUCUCACGAAUCUACCAACGCAUGGUACCACAUCGAACUAUGGCCCACUACUGUCAUCCAUCACACCUCCAUCUCUCUUACCGAUGAAUGCCUCAGGGGGCCCAGAAACUCAACAUGGCUUGUCGUUCGCUGCAAUGCUAACUGCCCCUUUCCAACCUUUCCAGCCAUCGACUACCCCCAACCCGUGGGUCUCACAUACGCAGAGAUAUGUGUCGGUUCCAGUUCAAUCGUAUCCUUUCACUAAUCAGGUAGUGAAUGCACCACCACUUGCGGCACAGUUAAACCCAUACAGCAUGUUCCUUGGAGGAGGAAACGCAUACUCACACGUAGCUCGCACGAGCUCACCUAUUGGGCAUUCCUUCGUUCCCAACCCACACUCGACUCACUGGCAUGACAAUAAUAUUGGGACAAUUUUGAAUUUCAACGCACCAGCUCCAGGCUUAGGCUUACAUGAGACCGUUGUGCAUGCGAAUUUGGGACCAAACAACCUCGGAAACUCUAAGAAUAACGAUGUUGGAAGUUACAUGGCUAAUGGACUGAUGCGGAAUGAAACAACUGAUGAACCAGGGCACUAUCUGUCGCCUCAAAACAAACCACAAGAAUAUCGGGAUCUGAUGCCUCAACCAAGAACACUGCCUUUUGAGUCGAGUAAGAAGGGUUACAAAGCAGGCGGAAGAUCCAAACCACAAGAGACAAAGCAAUUAGAAGCUGUCAAAGCUCGCAAGCUAAGAAAAACAGGCACGGCAACUCAAUCUAUUGCAGGUACAACGGCCGAAAGUCCGAAGAAAGUUCAGGCUACAAAAAUUGCUCGCAAGAGAGCAAACGUUGAGCAACGUCAACCAAAUGAGGGAGACGCAACACCGGGAAAGAAUAUCGUUCAGUUGGUUUCAAACCACAAACGGGCAGACAACACUUCAACCUCUACUUCUGAGCUUACGAUUCCCUCCAAGAAGUUUAAGCAAGAUACAUACGAAGACGCUCAAUGUCAAACAGAUAUGCAAUCAGAACCAAAUGGCGCGGUUGGCUCUCUGGAAACUGCAGACUUUGCAGAACAAUCUUCAACGCCUGACAGCUCGCCAUUAGUUGUUGUUACUGAUCCUGAUACAUUGAAAGACUUACACGAGGCAACUGCAACGCUCUUUGAAGAGUACGAAAAAGGGGUUGAGCAUUGCGGGGACGAGGUGCGACACGCAGAGCUAUACUUGCAUCAGAUCUGGGAGAAGAGGAGGGACUUCUGGCUAAGACGACUUCGGGACAACACAGAUGUACAGUGGCACAGCCAGGCAGACGAAUCCAUUACUUCACUAGACAGUGCUGCUUAA